CACUCAGAUCAUCACCGGGAGAUGGUGCGAGCUCCAUGGCACCGUCACCACCGGCGCUGCCUUGCUGCGGCUGCCGCUCUCCUCGCCGGGGCUGGCCCCGGGCCGGCGGAUGCUGCUAGCGGGGCGCUCCCGGAUGGCUCUGCAGCCGCAGAUGGACGCUGCCCUCCGGAAAGGAGACGAGGAGCGAGGGAGAGCGGCCAGCCGCGGGGAGAGCUGAGGAGUGGAAGCCACCUGGGGACAGGCACAGUCCUGGCAGCGUCCUCGGGCACAGCCAGGCCCUGCAGGGAACCACCCAGGCUGUGACCGCGCCGGGGCUUCCCUGCGGCUCCAAUUGCAAAGGGGUGGAACCCUCGGGGAGCCGCUGAACCCCCUCCCAGAUCACCAGAGUUGGCCGCGAUCAUCCCUGCGGGUCUUUUCCGACGCAGAAUAUUCUGCGGUUCUGUGAAGCGCUGGCGCUUCUCCCGGACUGCGGGCAGGCGUGGGCACAGCCCGGCCGGCGCUUCCCCCCGCGGAGGCUCCAGGCUCGCUCCGUUCAGCGGCUCCCGGUGCCAGCCCGGGACAGCCCCGCGGCCCGGGAGCACAGAUCGUCUCCAUGGCAGCCCCGGAAGCGGCGCUAUUGCUGGCGCGGGCGGAAGCGGAAGCGGCGCGGGGCGGGGCGGACGGCGGGAUGGCGGCGGCGGCGGCGCUGCUGCUGCUGCUGCUGCUGGUGGCGACAGGGCCCGGGCCCGGGCGGGCGGACGCGGGCCGGGAGCGGCGGGACGCGCUGCGGGAGGAGCUGCUGCUGAGCCCGCUGCCCACCGGCGAUGUGGCCGCCACCUUCCAGUUCCGCACGCGCUGGGACGCGGACCUGCAGCGGGGCGCAGUCUCUCACUACAGGCUCUUCCCCAAGGCGCUGGGGCGGCUGGUGGCAGCGCUGGGCGUGCGGGAGCUCCACCUCGCUCUCACCCAGGGCUUCUGGCGCACCCGGUACUGGGGGCAGCCGCCCCUCCAGGCACCCGCUGGAGCUGAGCUCUGGGUCUGGUUCCAGCACACGGUCACCGAUGUUGACAAAGCCUGGAAAGAACUGAGUAACAUCCUUUCAGGAAUAUUCUGUGCUUCUCUCAACUUCAUUGACUCAACCAACACAGUGAUUCCAACAGCAUCCUUCAAACCCCUGGGUUUAGCCAAUGGGACGGAUCACCAUCUCCUGCGUUACGCUGUCUUGCCCCGGGAAGUUGUCUGCACAGAAAACCUCACCCCUUGGAAGAAGCUGCUGCCAUGUGGCUCAAAGGCUGGGCUCGCUGUGCUGCUGAAGGCCGAGCGCUUGUUCCACAGCAGCUACCACUCACAGGCAGUGCACAUCCGCCCCAUCUGCAGGGAUGCCUCCUGCCUGGCUGUGUCCUGGGAGCUCAGACAGACCCUCACUGUGGUCUUUGACUUCUUUUCCAGCGGCCAAGGAAAGAAAGACUGGUCCCUCUUUAAGAUGUUCUCUCGCACGCUGACUGACACGUGUCCUCUGGCAUCGCAGAGCAAAGUCUACGUUGACAUUUCCCCUAAGAACAAGGAAAAGGAGCUACUGGAAGUGUCCCCCGCUCCAACAUCAGUACACGAAGCUAUUGUCCAGGGAGACAAGAAAACCUAUGCUGUCUAUGACCUGCUGAGCCCCUCGCUCUUCAACACGUCUCGCAGCCUCAACGUGCAGCUCAAGUGGAAGCGGCCCCAAGACAGCUCGGAAAUGCCCAUUCCCACUCUCCAUGCUCAGCGUUAUGUGGGGGGGUAUGGGCUGCAGACUGGGGAGAUCUGCACCCUCAUCUACAACACUCACCCUUACCGAGCCUUCCCUGUGAUCCUGCUGGAGACUGUGCCCUGGUACCUGCGGCUCUACGUGCACACCCUGACAAUCAUCACCAAAGGGAAGGAAAACAAGCCAAGUUACAUCCACUACCAGCCAGCCCAGGACCGGAGACGGCCUCACCUCUUGGAAAUGCUGAUCCAGCUGCCAGCCAACUCAGUCACCAAGAUCACAAUCCAGUUUGAGAGGGCCUUAUUGAAGUGGACAGAGUACCCACCUGACCCAAAUCACGGCUUUUAUGUUGGUUCAUCUGUGCUCAGUGCCCUGGUGCCCAGUGUCACUGCCAUGAAGGACAUGGAUGUGGAGCAGAGCCCUCUCUUCGCCUCACUGUUUCCUUCCUCUGAUGGCUCCAGCUAUUUUGUGCGCCUGUACACGGAGCCGCUGCUGGUGAACCUGCCCACACCAGACUUCAGCAUGCCCUACAACGUCAUCUGCCUCACCUGCACCGUGGUGGCCGUGUGCUAUGGCUCCUUCUACAACCUGCUGACCAGAACGUUCCAUGUGGAGGAGCCGAGCCGGGGCGGGCUGGCCAAGCGGCUGGCCAACGUCAUCCGAAAAUUGAGGGGGGUACCCCCACUCUGAGAGGAACCAGAGCAGCCAGCACUGCCUGCAGGGCUCUGUGGGGAGACUCAGAUAGCAGAGCACUGCUGCCUCUUGUCUUGCUGGAAGCAGCUUGUUCUGUUUUGCUGCCUGGAUCUAUCUUUGGGAUCCGAUAAGCUGAGAGAUCACUUCCAUUGCUAAGAUGGGAAAUGGCUCUAAGCCCAUUGACUACUGAACUGCACUGCUAUGGCACUGGGAAAAGUAAAAGACUUCUGUUUGGGAGAGGUGUAACUUACAUGCUGGAAAUGGUGCUGGAAGUAAACUUGAGUGUUUUGUA